AUGAGUUCUCUCGGCGACGAACCUCUUUCCGAGAUCAACUUUACCGGUGGAUUCCCAGAGAAUAAGGAUUUCGCACCUUCCAUCGUAUUCCUCAUUGCCGUGAAUAAGUAUGUCUUGAUCACACCUCUCUUUUUAUACCGAAUUUUCCGGAGACAAGAUAGAACGUUGAUUCUUAUCCGACCUGGUAUCUUCCUCGGUUGUCGUUAUGCAAUGUUGAUCAUACGUGCUAUAUUGGCCAAAGGGCAUUAUUCCUUGGGGUUGUUGAUCGCCGAACUCGUCCUCGUAUCCAUCGGUUUCUUAUUCCUGAUCGAACCUCUCAUCUCAUUGUGGGAACGUCACGUCAAAGAUUCUCUAGGAGAUAAUCGUCCUUCAUGGGUUGUCAGAUUAGGUCGGCUUUUGAAAAUCGUACUCAUCGUCACUAUCGCUAUUUCCGCCGCAUCGGGUGCUUUGGUCAAUCAGGCGUUCAAGAGUGCAGAUGGGGUGCAAAAAGUCAAGACAUUACGAGAGACCGGAUAUAUAUUAUCGCUUGUCGUUGUGGGAUUGGCAAUCUUCGCUAUCGUUUACACACACUUACAUUUCUCCCUUCGAACUCAACAAACUGGAUUUUUAUUGAUUCCCGCUUGUUGUCUGUUAAUAGUUGCGGUAUAUAGGGUGGUUCAAACUUAUCAAACCGACCCUGAUGCUGCUAGUCGUUCCACUGCUGCUUUCUACAUCUUACAGGUGUUGUUUGAAUUGUGA